AUGGCCGGCUUCGCUCUCGGUCGGGUGCUCUGCUCCCUUCUCUUCCUCUUCAGCGGAAUCGUCUUCGCUGUCCUCAAUGUCAAUGAAACGACCUCGCAGAUCAUCUUGGAAAACGACCGCCUUCAUGUCGCCCUGAAUAAGUCCACUGCGGUCAUUGACGGCCUCACACUUGACCACCAAGACCUCCUCGGAGCUUUAAGCUAUGAGAAGCCUACGCCUGGCGGAGCGACCGGCAGCGGAAACAGCGGCAUCGGGCCUUACCUAGACUGCUACUGCACUCCGCAAGGAUUCUACACACCUGGAACCAUCGCUCCGGAGUUCCGCAUCUUCAAAGGUACCGAUUCGGACAAAGCGCAGUACGCCGGUGUGGUGAUGAGCGAAACGUAUCCGGCGACAGGCCAGCUCCUCGAGUUCUACUACUUCAUCCGUGAGGGAGAGACCGGGCUUCAUACGUUCAGUCGCUUAGCCUACUACAACGAGACGACGCCCUUCUUGCGAAACCUGCAGGAGUUCCGCACUCUCUUCCGCCCGAACACGCCAAUCUGGACGCAUCUUUCGACAAACGACAAGACGUAUGCUCCUAUGCCCUCAAAAGAUGCGACCGCCUAUCAGAUCACCGUGCAGGACGCCACAUGGUACCUGGCAAACACCACUCAAGACCCCUACGUCGAACAAAUGGCCGAUUACUUCACAAAGUACACAUUUCAAGACGAGUGGAGAGAGCACAAGGUUCAUGGGAUGUACUCUGAUGGCACGACCAGCCCCGGAAACCUCACGUACGGCGCCUGGGUGGUCCUAAACACGGUGGAUACGUACUUCAACGGGCCUACCAACUCCGAUCUCAUGGUGGACGGCAUCGUGUACAACUACAUUGUUUCGAACCACCAUGGCAACGGUACUCCGAACAUCACGCACGGCUUUGACCGCACUUUUGGUCCCACUUACUACCACUUCAACAGCGGAACGCCAGGGACGUCUUUGGCGAAGCUUCGUCAAGACGCUGCCCGGUAUGCGGACCCGCAGUGGAACGUUAGGUUCUACGACGAGAUCGCCAAACACGUUCCAAAGUACGUUCCGACUGGCGGACGAGGCCUUUGGAGAGGCGCCAUCACACUACCUAAGACGUCGAACUGGAGCCGGCCCAUCGCAGUGUUGACCAAAGAGGGCCUUGAUUUCCAAGACAACGCGCAAGACAACAAAGCGUACCAAUACUGGGCGGAGCUGAAGGCCGUCGGAGACUCAAACGUUGCGGUGGCCGAGAUCCCGCGCGUCAAGGCAGGGAGAUACCGGCUCACAGUCUACGCGGACGGUCUUUUCGGGCAAUACGAGCAGGACGGAAUCGUCGUGAAGCCUGGCAAGGCGACAGCCACCGAGGCCGAGUUCAGCGAAGAGAGCGCAGGCAAGGAGCUCUGGCGCAUCGGCACGCCCGACCGCAGCAGCGGCGAGUACCGGCAUGGCGUCGAGCCCGACCCCACGCACCCCCUCCACCCCGAACAAUACCGCAUCUACUGGGCCGUCUACGACUUCCCCACCGAGUUCCCCAGCGGCGUACGCUUCCGCGUUGGCGAGAGCAAGGAGGCCGUCGACUUCAACUACGUGCACUGGAGCUCGUUCGGCGGGAAGGGCAACUCCAUCCGCUCGACGCCGUUCGUCUCGCCCACUGUCAACAACUGGACAAUCGCGUUCGAUGCCGCGCCGGCAGAACUGCUCCGCAGCACCAGCAACGGCACAAAUGAAGCGACGUUCACGGUGCAGCUUGCGGGCGCCAAAACAGCGGCCGGGAACACAGACGCCUACAACGCCACGGAGCCGUACUCGAACCUGCCGUACGUGGUGACGGUGAACGGGCACGAACUGGAGCCCUGGGUGAUUCCGUACUACCACUCGAGUUCGUGCGCUGUCCGCUCGGCCGUGAGCUGCUACAACAUCGCGCACAAGUUCGUCUUCCCGAGCAGCUGGCUCAAGGCCGCGGAUAAUGAGAUUGUGCUGCGCUUGCCCGCGGACGCGAUGGAUUAUGAGUCGGCGCAGCUGCCGCAACAGGUUUAUGUGCAGUAUGAUGCGCUGCGGCUAGAGGUGCGGUGA